AUGGUAUUGACACGGUCCAAAAACUCAAGCCUAAACGGCCUGAUCGUUCCUUCCCCUACGAAAGUGACCAAGAUCAAGAAAGAAACCGUAUUGAGGUCACCUUCAAAGAAACCUCCCAAGAAAAACAUCGAGGAUCUUUUCAAGAAUGUUGACGUUCCAAAGGACCUCCUGCUUCCUCAGAGUUUCGUCGAUGCCCAUACUACAGACUUCAUCAAGGGUGUCGAGUAUGUCGUUUCUAAAGACCCUUCACUAUACCCAGUAAUCGUUCAUUCCCCAUUCAAGGUCUUCUCCAAACAAGAGGUUAGCGAGGUCCUGGAUACUGAGAGGCUCCACAAGUAUUGGUAUGCAUUGAUUCGGUCAGUCUUGGGACAGCAAAUAUCAGGAUCAGCUGCCAAAGCUAUUGAAGAGCGGUUUAACGCUUUGCUUGGGGACAGUCGCACACCGCAGGCGGUUCUUGCGAUGAAGCCAGAGACUUUGCAAGCAGUUGGGCUUCUGGGCCAGAAACUUAAGUACAUCAUUCACAUCAGUGAGGUGUUCAGCAAUCCAGAGUCUAGACUAGCCAACGUACAGUUCUAUAGAGACAGUUCGAGCGCUGAGCUCAUGGAGGAGCUCGUGAAACUCAAAGGCAUAGGCGAAUGGCUGGCCAAAAUGUUUGCUCUUUUCACCCUUAAAGAGCUUGACAUAUUUGCAUAUGAUGAUUUAGGAGUGGCUCGAGGGGUGUCAAGGUAUUUGGCCAACCGACCUGAGCUUCUACGAGAGGUCAAAGACGGAGUCCAUGCGGUCGAGGUACUCAAAAAUGGCCUCAAGAAGAAAGGUAAAUUCAUGGCGCCCAGCUCGAAGAGAGACUGGGUCCCGCUUCAUGACGAAUAUGUGAAGUUUCUAGGGCUCAUGUUUGCACCAUACCAGCUGGUUUUCAUGUUUGCAAUGUGGCGGUUGGCGACUACAAAUAUUGAGGUGCUAGAGAAUAAUCGAUAG